AUGCUGAACUCGGUUCUGCAGCGUGAAAAGACCGACCAUAGACUGGAAAUGAGGCGUCCCCUCAAAUCCAAGGCAUCCAUGCCUGUACGUGGACAAGCUCAAGGGGGCUACUCUAGCCUUGCUGAAGUCCUCCAGCCUACCCUGUCACCCAAAGACAAGUCGCCAGUCUUCUACUUCAGCGCGCACCUGCACGAGCAGGCUUCCACGAAGCAGUAUCGCAGUGUCCCUGCCUCCAUGCUGGUAGGAAUGGGCCGCUACAGCAAGUCGAUGCUUGACCUCCCCAGUUCGCCACCACUGGACACCCCGUCGCCGGUCCCGACCCCAGGCCGGCCGAUUCAGCACUCCUUCCUAGGUGCAGCUGAGCCGCACACCUCGGAUACUGGCGCCACAAACGCAGCCCCGAGAUCCAACAGCGAAGCCUCAGACCUAAGCAUCUGCGCCACGCCGCCGCUGUUCUACUCACGCCCAGAGACAGAGAGCGUCUGGGACGACUUCGACGGCAGCUACUACGGCUCGGAGCUCCCCCUUUCUCGUAGCCCAUCAACGCACAGCAGCAUAGCCCACACACCGCCGCAAUACAUCGGCCACCACCGCGACCCCCACCGUCGGCGCAGCAGAUUCCCCCGCUCCUUCCCGGAGCCACACACGCCCCGCAGCGGGUGGAGCGUCGAUCUCGGCCACCACUGCGCCGGCAGCAGCGUCGUGCUCAGCGACGACGAUGAUGACAACACGGACAGCCGUGCUUACACCACGAACUACAGCUCUGACUCGCGCGAAUCGAUGCCCGCGUCUGACUCCCUCGACUCAGCCAGCUACGCCUACCGGCCGAGCUCGUCGGUGCAGCCGGCACCACUGUUCGGGCAGGCGGAGUCGCUUGGCUUUCUGUCGGGCAGCGAGCCAUACCACCAGCGGUACUGCUCGUUUAUCAGCGAGGACUUGCCCCUGGAGUCGGAUCGUAUGUCUGGUUCGCUUGGUGGUGGUGAUAUUAGGGGUGUGAGUUUGUUGGACUUGAGAGAUGUGGCUGUGGGCGAGUUGCCGAAGUGGACGAAAAAGAAGGUUAGGAGGGGAUUUAGGAGGUGCGGCAGGAUGAUUCGGAAUACGGCGAGGAGGGCGGUUGGGAAGAAGGUUGAACAUUCUGAUCACCUACUGCCCCCCUCUCACACCGCUGCUGAUUUGACUUUCUGUUAGUUUUCCUCUUCCGAAGUGAGUCUUCUAUCAAGUAGUAGUUGCACACAUGCUUCUAUGUUUUGGGUUUUGGGUCUUCCUUUUUUCCUACUAAGUAUUUUCAUCAAUUGAUAUUUGCUUAAAUUGAUUUCUCCUUAUAUUGCCUGUGUGCUUUGUCGAGUGUUACGCUAACUUGUAUGUGCAGAAUUUCGGAAGUGACGUCGUU